GAAGGACGUUGACGGUGAAUCACAAAGACUCCGGUUCUCUGCAGGUUCGUGUGCCCGGUACCGUGAUGACCCCCGAUGAGACCGACGUGGAGUUGCAGCCUGCCCCGGGCCCAGGCGGACCCGGUCCAGGCGGACUCCCCUCCCGUCCAGGACUCUCCUGCGGCUCCGGAUGCUGAUGCGACGGAGGCCGAUGUGAGCGAGGCGGACCUGGACCAGGAGGAGCAGGAGAAGCAGCCGAUGACCGGAGGGGCGGAGCGGGAUGCCGAGGUUCCGUCUGCCGGGGAGGAGGCGGAGAAGAACGGAGCCGUGAAGCUCAAGAUCCCCGACGAAGAACCGGAGGAGUUGAAGUUUAGACUGAACAAAGAGGAGCUGCUGAGGGUGGCGGGAACCCCGGGCUGGGUCCGGACCCGCUGGGCCCUGCUGGUGGUCUUCUGGCUGGGCUGGUUGGGGAUGCGGGGGGCAGUCCUCAUCAUCCUGCAGGCGCCCCGCUGCAGAGACCUGCCCACCACCAGCUGGUGGAACGAUGGACCUCUGUACCAGAUCGGAGACGUCCGGUUCUUCAGCGACGCCCAGAACCUCAAGGGCGUGGAGCAGAACCUCGGCCGUCUGUCGGAGCUGAAGGUCAAAGGUUUGAUCGUCGGUCCGAUCCACGUCGCUCCUCCAGACGACGCCGUCGCUCUGAGGUUCGAGGAAAUCUCAGCCGACGCCGGAAACCUGGAGCAAUUUAAGAGUUUAGUGACAGCAGCUCACAGGAAAGACAUUUCCGUGGUUCUGGAUCUGACUCCUAACUACCGGGGAACGUCUGGACCGUGGUUCUCCAGCGUCAGUGUGACCAACGUGGCUGAAAGGCUGAAGUCUGCUCUGGUGUUCUGGAUGAACCAAGGCAUCGACGGCGUCCAGCUGUCUGGAGUCCAGAGGGUUUCCUCCGUGGUUCCGUCUCUGUGGACCGACAUCCGAGCCAUCGUCCAGAACGGAACCGAGGAACAUCCGGGGAACAGAGAGAAACGAACUGCUGCGGGCGUCUCUGAUCUCUCGUCUCCUGAAGGCGUUUCUUCUCUCCUCUCGUCCUCCGGCGUCGACCUCCUCGUCUCCAGAGUCCUCGGCUCGGGAUCCUCCGUGGACGCCGCUGAGCGCGCUCAGUCGGUGCAGCGUCUGUACUCGGAGCACAGCCAGCAGAGGCUGUCCUGGAGCCUGGGGGGCCGGACCGAGGGCCACAUGGCCUCUGUGGGGGGUCCAGACCUGGUCCUGGUCCACCAGCUGCUGCUGCUCACGCUACCGGGAACGCCGGUGUUCAACUACGGAGACGAGAUCGGACUGACGGACGAGGGCACCAAGUUUCCCAGGAUGCUCUGGGACUCUGACAAGGAGGAGCUCAACGGGACGCUGCAGGAGCAGCGUGCUGAGCGACUGUCCCGUCGCAGGUUUUUCUGCAGCCUCUCCCUGCGUUCUAAGGAGCGUUCUCUGCAGUUCGGUGACUUCCUGCUCGUCUCCAACUCGUCGUCGUCUCUGGCCUACCUGAGGGUCUGGGAUCAGAGCAAACGCUUCCUGGUCGCCUUCAACUUCUCCCCAGACGAGUCGGCGUCGCUGCAGCUGAGCGGCGCCUCGCUGCCUCGCUGGGCCAACGUUGUCCUGGCAACCAACAGCAGCUUCCUGCCGACCGACGCCAGCGUGGACCUCAGAGAUCUACGACUCGGCCCCCAGCAGGCCGCCAUCCUCAGCUUUCCCUACAGCGGAUAGAGGAGCUGGAAGAUUAGAGCCUCGUUCAGACAGAAAAACACCGAGAGGAGAUUUAACUCAGUGGGCGGGUGGUACAAUUAUUUUAAUCGGUUAGAGGGACUCAAACUUAAUGAGGAAAUCAUUAAUUAACCUCCAGAAAACACAGUUCAGAACUCCAUUUAGAAUCCAGUUCUAGUUGUUCUUACCUCCAUGUUCCACUGAAAUCAGGCGCUGAUAAUAAAGAAUUCAGCAGAUUUUAUUGUGACUUUGUGCUAAAUUCCAGCAGAACAAAAAAUAAUCACUGACUAGGAGAGAAAGACUCGUGUCUGAACGGAGCUUUAGUCGGUUUUUCUGUCUGAUUCAUGUUUGCUGGUGUUUUUGUCUGUUUGUGGUGAAUUUAAAUCUUAUCAUGUGUCAACGCACUUCAAUGAAAACACAAGAAAAAUAAAAACAAAUCAACGUUAAA